CAAUUUUCUAUUCAUAAUAUGGGAAUGCAUAUUUUAAUUGCGAGACUCGACAUGAUUGUGUUACUAACUUAACCAGAACCAUUAAAUGAUAUUCAAUAAUUUGAAAUUCAAAAAUACUUGAGAUUCAAUAAAUCUUUAUUUACUGAAAUCCAGAUCAAUUCACUUAUUUAAUUCAUUCAAAAUAAAAACUAUGAAUACAUUCGAAAUUUAUAUCUAAGAAAAUACAUAAGGUAUUCUUUAUGAUUUAAAAGACUUGAAGAACUCUUAUCUUUAGAUUUAUCGAUUGAAUAAAUCUAUGAUUAUUGUAUUCGAGUUUAUCUAAAAGAAAUCAAAAAGCCAGGUACAACUCUACUUAAAACUUGCAAUAACAUCAUAGAAACUCAUCGAUUCUAAUCAACUUAUUUUCUAAAAGAACCUAUACCCUAACAAUUACAUUAUAAUUGUUUAGAUUUAGAAUAAGAUGAAUCAAAUAAAUAUUUACUGUUAUCUUCAUUAUACAAUAGGAAUAGAUUUGAUGAACCUAGAUUGAUUUAUAUGUCAGAUCUAUUACGAAGAAGAAUGUAACAGAUGAUAAAAGAUAUUUAAGAUAGAAAUUAAACUAUCUAAAAAAGCAUCACCUAAUAUUAUCAUUAAAAUAAAAAGAAAGCAUAUUGUCUUACACCUAAACCUAUAAGAUCUCGCAAUAAUACUUUCUAUAAAAAUAACCCCAAAAUUUAAGGUUUAAGAGUUUAAACAGAAUUCAUAAUAGAAAAAAGAAUGCCUGCUAGAUCAAUUUAUCAAAUUAAAAAAAUUUAGUUACUUGAUGAAAAUGAGAAUACUACUCCUAAUACUAAAAAUAGUUGUAAAACUUUAGGGAGACCACGAAGUCUGAUGAGGACUAAGUUUUAAUAACUGAUCAAUUGA